CACGCCCACGGUAAUGGCGCUUCCAGACUGGACUGUGUGUUUGCUUUGCGUUGCUUCAGUGUGUGGAGGUGUAUACAUUUGUCGUAUUAUUAAAUGUGCCAGAAAAACUCCAUGGAAAAAUACUCGAAUCGCUAAACUAAUGGCUCGCACAGAGAAACCACUGUUCUGGAUAGCGUACUCUCUUUAUACACGGACCAAACUCGGGUAUAUGUUCCAUAAGAGGCAGAUAAGGAAAGCAAGAGAGCGAUACCCCUCCGGCCACUCCAAAACUCAACCCACUACGAUAAACGGCAUCAAAAUAAUACCAGUACCCAUCCUAUUAGACAACUACAGCUAUGUGGUCAUUGACACGGCAUCGAAUCUGGCAGUUGUGGUGGACCCUGCCGACCCCCAGCCUGUUCAGGCAUGCCUAGAAGAAGAGGGAGUGACGUUGCAAGCUGUUCUCUGCACACACAAACACUGGGACCACAGUGGAGGGAACAGGGCUUUGAAGAGACGCUACAGUUCCUGCCGAGUGUAUGGGAAUGCUAUGGACAACAUUCCAGGACUUACACAUCCCCUCUCAGACAAAGACGCAAUAGGUUUCGGCACUCAGCUCCAGUUCAGGGCCUUUUUCACUCCUGGGCACACAGUGGGUCACAUGAUCUACCUGCUUGAUGGCCGGGCGAUCGGUGGCCCCAGCAGCCUAUUUUCAGGGGACCUGGUGUUCCUCUCCGGGUGUGGGAGAAUGUUUGAGGGUAAUGCCUUAACAAUGUUGUCAUCUCUGGACACAGUGGGAUCACUAAACGAUAACACUCUGCUUUGGCCUGGACACGAGUAUGCAGAAGCUAAUUUGUUGUUUGCUGCUGAGGUGGAGCCCUAUAAUGUUGUGCGGGAGCAGAAGUUACAGUGGGUGCUGCAACAGAGGGGUCAGAGAUUUUGCACGUGUCCAUCCACUCUGGCAGAGGAGAAACAGUACAAUCCUUUCCUACGAAGCCACGCCCAGGAUCUCCACCGGGCUCUGGGCCUGCAGCAGAAGCAAGAUGAAGACUGGACGUCAUACCGCGCCCGUGUUUUUGAGGAGUUGCGCAGACGCAAGGACAUUUAUAAGGGCCGAUAAAACUUUUGAUCUACUGAUAUUUGAAAGGAGUAACCACUGUAACAAUUCCAAGCUAAACAUGUUGUAAUCACUAUGUUUAAGUGCAUUAGAUCACUUUAAAUUAAAAACACCAAUGUGAAAUGUAUAGCAAGAGUGCAUAGUAAGGAAGACUUAGGCAUUAUUUUUUAUACAAAAACAUUUCUAAGGAUUUGGUAGACUUGCCAUUGUCUGAAGUUUUACAUUUCUAUUGUUAAGUAGUGUUAUCUUGUUGAUCCCCUAGGACAGCAUACCAGUAUUUUAUUACCUAUAUUAAGUGUAGUAACCCUGUUUUUGAAGGAUUCAAUUCAGUUUGUAUCACCAUAGUUGAAUAACUAAUGCCAUGAUUAAACUUUGGUUACUCUAGUGAAACUAAAUUUGCAGUUACCGUGGUUUUACAAAAGAUUCAUUUUUGUGGGGGAUUGACCCUGUGUUGAAAAUGUGCAGUGAAUCCCACAUUUGAACUACCAACUUUUGGAAUACAUAUGGUAUUGCAAGCACUGAUGUAUCAUCGUUUUGUGAUAAUAAAUCCAUAAAUCAUU